AGGAUUGAUUGAUUUGAGAGAGGUCCUUCAUCUGUCCUUGAAACCUGGUAUAUAUACCUAGGGUUUCGACCGUUCCUUGUCGUAAAAGGAUUAUUGACUGGAGUUUCCUAGUCAAUCUCUAUUACUUGAUUCCAAUAGGACAUUGCUCUCCUCAUGGAUUCCGAAAUAGGCGGAGUUGUAAACCAAAACCAAGUAUGUUUAUUUUUGGGCCGCAGGUAUCGGCCCGCUGUGCUAGAUCCACUGAAGGAUAUUGCCAAAAUUACUUUUGGGCUCAAACAUUGCCCCCCAGGCCUCGAAAUCAGGCCCAUGAAAGUGUAACUGAUUGAAGGGGACUAAAACGACACGUUCGAUGCUCGAAACGAUGUCAUUAAUGAGGGUUGCGUCUUUUCACUCGCGAAACGCCUUUUUGUCGCAUCGUUUCCCUCACAAAAUCUCUUAUUUAAAUCCGCAGCCACUCCAGACCUGUCACAUCAGAAACUCUUUUAGUCUCCUAAACCCAGAAACCUUCUGUUGCACACAUCCUUCUCACAAAAACCCAGAAAUGGCUCCCCCGAAAAAGAUGGUUAUCGACCAAGAAGAAGAACUGAAUGAACAGGCUGCGCGCUCUUGGGGAACUGGGAUUGGCGCCAGCCUGAUUCUCCAGACUACCAUCCAAAGACCUCUGCUCCUCCGACUUUCGAACCAACACGCCGGACUGGGCCCAACGCCGCGAGAUGUGUUCCCGGCCGACGCUAUCGCUUUUUAUGGCCUACCUGUUCGCCGCCCCAUCCCAGUCCUCCGAAGGACUCCUGGGGAUUUUACCAGUUGGAGUGCCCCUAACCAUCGAUCAAAAAUAGGGCAUUGGCCAUCCUCCAUCAGUGCGGAAGAGCUUUCUUGGUACCGGGAAGCACGCGCUCGAGAUCUAGCCCGCUGGAACGUAGCAGGUAUCACCCAUACUAUUGAUCUUUGUUUUCGUCUUCCGCGCGGUGGCAAUCGUUCGCCACUCGCUGCCUUUCUGUGUUUCUGGAACACUGCUACCAACACCUUUGAUUUUCGAUUUGGCCAAAUGAGUGUCACUUUACUGGACAUUCUCACCAUCACCGGCCUACCCAUUGAUGGUGAACCCUAUCUGCACGGCCAAUUCGACUCUGAUACUUUCACCUCUACCAUGGCCCAACAUGGUCGCGGUGCCCAUAGCAGCUCCUAUCCGCGGUGGCUGGCCUAUUACCGCCAGGAGCACAAUGCGACUGGCGGGAUUGCCUUCUUAGAGUACUGGCUCUGUAAAUUUAUUUUCUGCACCUCCUCCUGUAAGCCCACUGGUGCCUGGACUUCCCUGGCGACGGCCCUCUACAACGGCCACCGUGUGGGACUAGGACAACCAGUAUUAGGUGCCCUCUACCGUACCUUGUAUCAAGCCACAAUGCAUCCCUUUGAGACUAGCAUUUCUGGCCCCUUUUGGAUCCUUGAUUUCUGGGUUCAAAUUUACUUUCCAUACUUUCGUCGCGACGACAUCCCAUUACUUCCGCCUACUGACCAACUCUUGGGUCGAUGGCUCAGUCGCGGCGAAAGGUACACAUCCCCUCCUUAUUUUGAGUGCUUCACAUACCUGUACUUACUGCACGAGAUGCCAUACUGCGACUUAGUGCUGAGUAGAAGAUUCCCAGCCCCGCUUGAACAUGGAUUCCUCCCUGGCGCCUCUCGCUACAGUGAUCGCGCGCGCUUGGCUUUUCGCCGCGCGAUCUCCUGUUCCGACAUCAGGAUUGCCGCUGACGAACUCAGUUAUGAGCUUUAUGCUCCCAACCACUUCGCCCGCCAACUCGGCCUUGUCCAAUUAGUGCCAUUCCCUCUAUAUGAUGCUUGGAACUACAACACUUCUUGGCGUAGAAUUGGAUCCCUUUCUGGCCCUCCGCCAGCACAAAGCACGCUCGCGCUGGUUGAUCUCCCUGACUGGGCCAAAGAGAUUGAAUCUGUGGACGCGACUGAGGAAGGAUAUGAUGCAUGGUGGGCCGAAGUCUCUGUUAACUGCUGGCGGCAACAGCACGAUGAAGUAUUCGCUGCCAUCUUCGGGGAACUGCGAUAUCCCUACGCGGCCGACGUUGAUCAACUUGCUCGCACCCCUGAAAACGCUGCACAAGCUCCUCCUCCUGCUGCUGAACCGGCUCCGCGACCCGCGCGAGCCCCACGUCAGGCCCAAGCUGGUAUUGUAAUCCGCGAACCCCUUCAAGAGGGGAGCGCGCCACUUUCUGGCAGUCGCGCAGCCAACGCUUCCCAAGCCGCUGGCCAGUCUGGGAAGCAAAAGGCGGUAAUGAUAGAGCCUGAGGACAAAGAAUCCUCCUCUGAUGAUGAUGACAUGCAAACGAUCGCUGCUCUCUCGGCUCGGAAGCGCGCUCGUUCUGAUCCUCGAACUGACCUGUGGGCAGAAGAUGAACCAAUCGCUGACCGACUGGUUCGCCACAGGUCCUCGAGACACGUUGAAGAAGGAUCUUCAACUGUUGGUGAAGGCACAUCUGCUUCCCAAGCUCUAGCGCCAACUGUUGUGACCCACUCUCCAACUCCUGCGGGCGCUGUGGAUAACGCCCAAUUGGCCUUGAUACCAGUGCAGAUCAUAGAUGACAGCUCGCCGGAGGCUGAAAAUAGCGUACUGCCACUGGACGCACCUCGCGAGGAAACAAACGACGCUCCUGUCCCCAGCGAAGCUAGCCCAGAGACAAUGCUCGCGAUCAUUGUGUAUGAGCCCCCAAUCGAAGAGGUUUCAAACGUCGUGGGAACUGGGGACGAUGCAAUCGGGGCAGUAGAAGCAGAAGCUGCUGAGCCUGUCCCUAACAUGGUUGAUCAGGAACUUCCUCCCCCUGCCCCCCAAGUCGCUGAAGCUGAAGAAUUGGAAGACCUUCCUGAACCAACGCCGGAGGUACCUGAAACAGUGCCAGAAGUACCUAUCGCUGAACCUCCUGAGGCCCCUGUCGCUGAGCCUCCUACUCCUUCUACUUUGGAAAGGUUAGCUCGCGUGCUUGAAGUGCCCCCCCUGGGGUCGUAGAUGAAGUCAGAGAAGGCCUUCGCCGCUUCCUGGGCCCCGACAUCUUGAUUCCUGGUGCGCCUGUGAGGGUCCUAGAAUACUUGAGGGUGCUCUUGCGCGAGGGAGCCAUCACUGAGGAACAAUUCCAGGAAAUCGAUCAACUGUUGCAGGCUCUUCCUCAAGGGCUCAACGAGCGGGCAGUCGCGAAUGCGCAGGCCAGGCAAA